AUGGAUUUAUUUGCCACGAGUGCCUUCAAACUGAUCUCAAGUGUCCUGACAUUUGUGAACCCAUUAGUUCUCGACCGACUCAUCACAUUCAUGAGUCCGUCCAAUGACGAGCCCCAGUGGAGGGGCUUUUUCUACGCCUCCCUUAUGUUUAUUACCCCUCUAUUUGAAUCGCUAUUAAACAGUCAAUACGAAUAUCGGGUAAAUUUAGUGGCUAUGAAGAUAAGAGCUUCACUUAUAUCUACUAUUUAUAAAAAGACACUAAAGUUGUCGAGUUGUGGCCGAAAGGACUUCACUUGUGGCGAAAUAGUGAACCUAAUGUCCGUUGAUAUACAACGGAUUCUCGACUUUAUACUGAUAGGAAACCUGAUAGUGUCGGCACCCCUACAGAUCACAAUUGCCUCUAUACUUUUGUGGCAACAAUUAGGUGUGGCCACUCUGGCAGGACUUGCAUUUCUGAUAAUUUUAGUGCCAUUCAAUGGGUAUAUGGCUAAUAUAGUCCGCAAAUAUCAAGUGAUUCAGAUGGAGUUUAAAGAUCACCGGGUUAAACUAAUUAAUGAGAUUCUCAAUGGUAUUAAAGUACUGAAAUUGUAUGCGUGGGAGAAGUCAUUCAAAGAUCAAGUGCUCAAAGCCAGAGAGAAAGAAGUGAAUGCGUUAAAUAUGGGUGCCAUAUACCAGGGACUACCCCUGGGUUUUAUUCCUGUACUACUCUCCACUGGGGCACUGUGUUUGGUAUCCCUUAAUAGAAUCGAUGACUUUAUUAAUGCCAAAGAAAUCGAUGGCAACUCUAUUACAAGGGAUGGAAACAUCAAAACUCCUAUUGUUCUCAAUAACACCACUUUCUCGUGGAGUAAAGGCUUGCCUCCAGUUCUCAAAGAUAUAUCACUGGAAGUGCAGCACAAGAAUUUAGUAGCAAUCGUGGGUCAGGUGGGGGCCGGCAAGUCAUCUCUAUUGUCAGCUAUUUUGGGUGAACUGGAGAUUCUGAACGGAAAGGCUAAUAUACAUGGCAGUAUUGCUUACGUACCACAAGAGGCUUGGAUCCAGAAUAAGACACUCAAACAGAAUAUUCUGUUCGUUAAGGAAUAUAAUGACAAAUAUUACAAACAAGUGCUCGAGUCGUGUGCACUACUGCCAGACCUGAGUGUACUUCCCGAUGAAGACAUGACUGAAAUCGGCGAAAAAGGCAUAAACCUGUCGGGCGGUCAGAAACAGAGGGUAUCGCUGGCGAGGGCUGUCUAUUCAAACGCAGACAUCUAUUUACUGGACGACCCACUCAGCGCUGUUGACACACAUGUCGGCAAACAUUUGUUUGACAAAACCAUUGGUCCGAACGGCUUAUUAAAAGACAAAACCAGAGUUUUGGUGACCAAUUGUGUAUCAGUUUUGCCAAAAGUGGAUCAAAUAAUUGUGCUCAAGAAUGGCUUCGUGUCUGAAUCAGGAACAUUUGAGGCCUUAAUUGCCAAAAAUGGUUAUUUCGCUGAAUUCGUAACCGAAUAUCUUUUAGAGCAUUCGGACACUGAACUCGAAAAUGGAGACAAAACUAUUGUCAACCAAUUGAGGGAACGAUUAAAACCACUGAUUGACAAAUCCAUCGAUGAGUCCAUCUGUCAAUCAAUCAGUGGUUCAGUGGUAUCUCGCAGUGAAAGCGAUCGGAUCAGGAAAAGAGUUUCCAAACAAUCGUCGAGUCUAUUGAGUGAAAAAAGUUUUAAAGACACGAAAUAUGAAGAAACUGUGAAACAAAAACCAAUGAUUAAAACGAGUGGAAAACUAACAGAGACCGAGAAAUCCGCGGAGGGAUCCGUUGGACUAACGGUUUAUCGAAAAUAUAUUCAUUUGAUUGGUUUGGCAUUUAAUACAGUGAUUGUUGUGUCGUUUAUCAUCUCAAAUGUGGCCCAAGUAUUAGCCGGUCUUUGGCUCAGCAAAUGGUCUGACGAUUCACUGGACGCUAAUAAAAUGAAUGACACGAAUCUGCGGCACUUAAGACUUGGUGUAUACGCCGGGAUCGGCAUUAUUGACGCCGUUUUCAACUUAAUUGCAAACAUUUGUGUAAUUCUGGGCUGUAUUAGAGCCGCAAAGCAUUUACACAACACUAUGUUAGACCGGGUGUUGAGAGCACCCAUGCUUUUCUAUGACACAACACCAAUUGGGAGGGUAUGGAACAGAUUCAGUCGAGACAUGGAUGUGGCGGACGUGGCACUGGUGUUCAGUCUUCGGAUGACAAUCACAUCACUCUUCCGCACAAUUGUGGCCUUCUUUAUGAUCAGUUUGGAAACGCCAUUCAUUUUGGUGGCUAUAUUGCCGUUGGCUGUGGUCUACCAUUUCAUCCAAAAGAUAUAUAUUCCCACUUCUCGUCAACUCAAGCGAAUCGACUCGACCACCCGUUCCCCUAUUUAUAGCCAUUUUAGCGAAACUAUUAGCGGUUUUACAAGUAUUAGAGCGUAUGGAGUGUCCGAUCAGUUCAUAAAGGAGUCCAACCGACGAGUGGACGACAACCAUAUGUGUAAUUAUCCAAGUUUUACGGGCACCCGAUGGCUGGCCAUUAGACUCGAGUUCUUAGGCUAUUGUAUAGUAUUUUUAUCGGCAAUAUUUGCUGUGGUAUACAGACAUGAACUGAGUCCCGGUAUAGCGGGUCUGGCUAUUAGUAAUUCACUCAUUAUAACCAGUGUUUUGACAUCAUUUGUGAAGUCAGCCACAGAUCUCGAGUCUAAUAUAGUUUCUGUGGAGCGAUGUCUUGAAUACACAACGACUCCAACAGAAGCCGAGUGGUACAACGAGAUAACCAAACCGAAGCCCAAUUGGCCAGAAAGUGGAGAAAUAAAGUUCAAUGAAUACAGUACGAGAUAUCGAGAAGGACUCGAUUUAGUGCUCAAAAAGAUUACAAUAGAAGUGAAACCAAAAGAAAAGGUGGGGAUCGUUGGCCGCACCGGUGCCGGCAAA